AUGCUGCAAGUCCUUCAGUCUAACAGCAAGAAGAAAGUUUACUUCGCUCACGCCAGGUGGGGCAGAGUUGGUGAGGAUGGCCAGGUGAAAACAACAGAGUACUCGACCUUAGAGGAUGCCAAGAAAGAGUUUGAGAAGAAAUUCAAAGAUAAGAGUGGUCUUGAGUGGUCGGACAGAACCAAUAAGCCAAAGGACAAGAAGUACACCUACAUUGAGAAAUCCUAUGAGGACGAUGACAAGGAAGACAACGACGACAGCGACACUGCAAAUAACAAGAAGGACACCGUAAAGAGCGAGCUUGACUUGCCUACUCAGAGAUUGAUGGAGCUAGUCUUCAAUGAGAAUCAUUUCAACGCUGUGCUCGAAUCAAUUGGUUACAACCAGGAUAAGUUACCGCUUGGAAAAUUGAGCAAAUCAACGCUCAAGACUGGAUUCGAACAACUUCGAGAAUUAGCCUCUUUGGUCAAGCACCCAAGCCUGGCAAAAAACAAGUACAAUCGUGAUAGAAAAGAGGUUCUUGAAGAGUGGACGAACAAGUACUAUUCGACUAUUCCUCACGUGUUUGGUCGUAACCGUCCUCCACUGAUUGACAACCAAGAUGCAAUCACACGGGAAGUAGUCAUGCUCGACACGCUGACAGAUAUGGAAGUCGCGAACACUAUCAUGAAAACGACUGAUAAGUCGAAGGAUGGCGUAAGCGCGAGCCGCCUCGAUCGUCAUUACGACGACCUGAACCUCAAAGAGUUGACUGCUCUCGACCACAAAUCAUCAGAAUACCAGGAAAUACAGAAACUGCUACUUAACACCAGCAGCAGUGGUCACGGUCUACGAUAUAGGCUACAAGAUAUCUUCAGGGUCGAGCGUUAUGGAGAGGCAGAGCGCUACGAGAAGGCGAUCAAAAAGCUGAAAGAUCGACAAACAUUUCUGCUCUGGCACGGGUCCAGAACUACCAACUACGGUGGUAUCCUUUCUCAGGGACUCCGUAUUGCUCCUCCAGGUAUGCUUGGCUAG